AGACCGGUAAAGAAGCAAAAGAAGCAAACCGCCUACGAGAGCGAAUCGGAGGAUGACGCCGAGUCGGGGUUCCAGCCUGUGAACCUGCUCGACUCGGAUGAUGAGGGCGGCCUGGACGCAGUAGUAGACGACGGCGCAGCAUCUGACUCCGAGGCCGGCUCACACUCAGAUUCCGGCUCAGAAGACGGGUCAUCGGCCAGACAAAAGCUCCAGAAGCCCAAAACCACCAAGCGGAAACUGGCACAGGAUGCCCCACCAUCCAGCGACGACGAGGACGACGAAGACUCGGAAAUGGACGGCGACGAGUUCGACCUUGACGCAUCAGACGACGAGACAGAGGCCGGCGGCAAGGGCAAGUCCAAGCGCAAUGACCCCACGGCGUUCGCGACUUCACUGCAGAAGAUCUUGGGCACCAAGCUGUCCACCUCCAAACGUUCCGAUCCCGUCCUGUCUCGCUCCGUAGAUGCGCAUAAGGCGUCCAAGGAGAUCAUCGAUGCCGCCCUCGAGGCCAAGGCGAAGAGGCAGAUGCGCGCUGCUAAGCUGGCUGCGCUGGAAAAGGGACGAGUCAAGGAUGUCAUCACGGGAACGCAGAACGAUCAGACGGGCGAGCUCGUGACGAGCACGGGCGAUAUCAGAGAGAAGGAACGGCAGCUGAGGAGAGCGGCCACAAGGGGUGUCAAGGAGGUCUUCAACGCCUUCCUCAGAGCGCAACAAGCUGGCAUGGAGGCUGAGUCGCAGGCUAGAAAGGACGGCUUUACCGGAGUCGAGGGCAGGAAGGAGAAGGUUUCCGAGAUGAGCAGGAAGGGGUUCUUGGAUCUGAUUGCGACCGGUGGCGGAAAAAUGAAGAAGGGCGCCAUUGACGAGGCGUAG